AUGGCUGUGCUCCACUUGCACCUGUACCUCACUGCCCUGGGCUGCUGGCUGACACAGCACUCCAGCUCCUUCCUGCUGCCCAAUGCCACCGAGCUGCUGUCCCCUCCUGGGGGCACAGCUGCAGGCCUGCUGUGGGACGUGGGGGUCCCUCGGAGCCGUCGGAAGAGAUAUCUCUCCCCCCAUGACAUGAGUGUGAUUUUGGACUACCACAACCAAGUGCGAGCACAGGUGUCUCCUCCUGCUGCCAACAUGGAAUAUAUGGUGUGGGAUGAGCGGCUGGCCAGGGCAGCAGAGGCAUGGGCUGCACGCUGCCUGUGGGACCACGGGCCCCCUGAGCUGAUGAAAUAUGUGGGGCAGAACCUCUCCAUCCAGUCGGGCAGGUACCGCUCUGUCAUGGAAAUGGUGAAAUCGUGGCACCAGGAGAAGCAGCACUACUCCUUCCCCCACCCCCGUGAGUGCAACCCACGCUGCCCCUCCAAAUGCAGCGGCUCUGUCUGCAGCCACUACACACAGAUGGUGUGGGCAACCUCCAGCCGCCUGGGCUGUGCCCUGGGCACCUGUGCCAACGUGCGCGUGUGGGGCAGCACGUGGCGCCAUGCCAUCCUCCUCGUCUGCAACUACGCCAUCAAGGGCAACUGGCUGGGAGAAGCGCCGUACAAGGUGGGGCGGCCGUGCUCAGCGUGUCCCCCCACCUACGGCGGGGGCUGCUCCAACAACAUGUGCUUCACUGGACUCAAAUCCAACCAAGUCAGCUGGUUCUAG